AUGCCUCUUACAAAUCCGUCAAUUUACUGUCCAUUGUGCCAAUGUGAUCUGGAUGCAGCUCAAACGUGGCAUUACCUGCUCGAGGAAGGGACGGAGGAGAAUGGCAGUAGAACGGGACAACCGGUACACCGUCAUUUCAUGGAGAUGAUUCGCUUGACGGAAGAGGAGCGAUUGCAAGAAACAACUGUGCAUGACUAUUGUUGGCGGAUCGUCAAGCGCAUCUUCAGGAAAGUCAAUUUCGACCAGGCUUGGAUUGAUCAAUUUAAGAGCUACAGUCAUCUCCUCUCUCCUUUUAUGCAAGAAGCCCCUUUUUGCGACGAAUCCCAUACCCUGGAUCUCGAUGUGUUCAUGACUUUCAAGGCAGCCAGCCGUAAGGAGAAAACCCAAAGUCCGCUCUACAUACCUUUGCCCCCCGAGGCCAUUCAACGAAUUUAUUGCUUCCUCGACCGAGAAGAAGAUAUUGUCAACCUUGAUGACGCCUUAUCCGUUGGCCCUUGUCCCAAACAAUGGAGGGAGCUCGGGUACAAGUACAUGUUGGCAGAUGAUCUCGACCCAAGAGAAAAUAUCAAAACUCUUAUUCGCAAUCUGCAAGAGCAGCCAGAAAGCCGCUUCCCAAAGACCACUAAUUAUCGAAUCAUUUGGGCCAACGCUGAGAUUUUGUGGACCGUUAUGGAUACCCUGUUGGUGAUAACAAAUGUGCCAGCAGAUGCCUCAGUGACGCAUGGUAUAAAAGUCGGUGAUUACCAAAACUCUGUACGAUACGCGAUUGGGCUUUGUGGGGCUCACUACAUCGUCUUCAUGUUCAAUGAGACUCAGAAUAUUCAAUUUAUUUGUGGAAUCGCUAUCAAUGGCCGAACCAUUGGCCAUGAGGGCCCGAUAUGGCGGUUUGUUCAUGUGACAUCUUUGACAGGGCUCAGGAUCGCAAGUGUCGAGAACCAUUUUGUUGGCAUCCAAAUAAAGGAUACUCUCAGUUGGCAGGACAAAUGGUACGGGGAAUGUCCGGAAAUCAGUGCUUGCACCACAUUUGAAUGGGAUUCUAGAAGCAGUGAAAUUGUGGCAUCACAUGAUGGUAACAAAAUCACAGAACUCGGAUAUCGGGUUUCUCCUGGGUAA